AUGCAGACUUGGGACAUUGCAGUGGUCAUCCUAGCCAUAGUGAUGGCUACCACUGUGGAUACCAAGAUCUAUGAACGCUGUGAACUGGCAUCAAGGCUGCAGAAGGCAGGACUCAACAACUUCAAGGGCUACAGCGUCGGAGACUGGCUAUGCAUGGCACACUACGAGAGUGGCUUUGACACCUCCUUCGUGGACCACAAUCCUGAUGGUAGCAGUGAAUAUGGCAUUUUCCAGCUGAAUUCUGCUUGGUGGUGUGAUAAUGGCAUUACACCCACCCAGAACCUCUGUCACAUGGAGUGUCGAGACCUGCUCAAUCGCCAUAUUCUGGAUGACAUCUUGUGUGCCAAGCAGGUGGUGUCCUCACAGAUUGGAAUGAUGGCCUGGGAUUCUUGGACCCGACACUGUUCUGGCCAUGAUUUAUCUGAAUGGCUUAAGGGCUGUAAAUUGCAUUUGAAAAUAGAAACAAGUGACACUUCUUCGUGA